AUGCAAGAGAAGUUGGCUUGUUUUAAGCGAAUGAAUUCUGUAAAGGAAAUUGACAGAGAAAUUGAAGGAAGAAAAUCGCCAAUAGGGACGCCCUUGUGUAAAUGGAUGAACAAAAUGCGCUAUUUUGCUUAUUCUGCGCACGACAGCACAAUUAUUGCUAUUUUUGCAGCUUUGGGUUUAAACAAAACGAAUUAUGACGAGGAUGGUUACCCGAAGUACUCUACCUGUUUAACUUUUGAAUUAUGGAGGGAGAAGAAUACUGGUCAUUUUGAUGUUAAGGUGCUUUUAUGGAGACCUUACACUAACGAGACUUCCCCUAAAGAAAUAACGACAGAUAUAGAAGGCUGUCAAAGCAAUUCAACCCUAGAACAAUUUGUUGAAAGAUCAAAGCCUUAUCAAAUGCUGCCUUCACCCAAAGACUAUUGUUCACAACUUCUACAACCCCUAAAUAAUGCUGCACGUAUGUUAAUUCAGUGGAAAUUGAAAAUGCUCCUUCUAAUGGGAAUUCCUUCAAUUGUUGCUAAUGUUGUAUAG